UCUCAGGAUGAAGGAGGUUGUGGGCCCGGACCCUUCCCUGGUCUACAGACCUGAGGUGGACCCAGAGGCAGCCGAAGACAAGGGUGGCUUCCGGAACUAUGCCUCGGGUCCGCUCCUGGACCGCGUGUUCACCACCUACAAGCUCAUGCACACGCACCAGACCGUGGACUUCGUCAGGAGGAAGCACGCCCAGUUUGGGGGCUUCUCCUACAAGAAGAUGACCGUCAUGGACGCUGUGGCCAUGCUCGAUGAGCUGGUGGACGAGUCAGACCCGGACGUGGACUUCCCCAACUCCUUCCAUGCCUUCCAGACGGCGGAGGGCAUCCGGAAGGCCCACCCAGACAAGGAUUGGUUCCACCUGGUUGGGCUCCUGCAUGACCUGGGCAAGGUCCUGGCUCUGUUCGGGGAGCCCCAGUGGGCGGUCGUUGGAGACACCUUCCCGGUUGGAUGCCGUCCCCAGGCCUCUGUGGUUUUCUGUGACUCCACCUUCCAGGACAAUCCCGACCUCCAGGACCCUCGAUACAGCACCGAACUGGGCAUGUACCAGCCCCACUGCGGGCUCGACAAAGUCCUCAUGUCCUGGGGCCACGACGAGUACAUGUACCAGAUGAUGAAGUUCAACAAGUUCUCCCUGCCCCCGGAGGCUUUCUACAUGAUCCGGUUCCACUCCUUCUACCCCUGGCACACCGGCGGCGACUACCGGCAGCUGUGCAGCCAGCAGGACCUGGCCAUGCUGCCCUGGGUGCAGGAGUUCAACAAGUUUGACCUCUACACCAAGAGCCCCGACCUGCCGGACGUGGACAAGCUGCGGCCCUACUACCAGGGGCUCGUUGACAAGUACUGCCCCGGCGUCCUGCGCUGGUGA